AAACAUAACCUCCAAAUAAUAAACGCCAAUUUUCCCUCGAAAAAGUAGCCAUUAAAGUUAAAUUAAAUGAAGAAAUGCUAAUAAGUUAAAAUUUUCCUUUCAAUUUCUUUAUGUGAACGUAACAAAAAACAGAAGAGUUCUAUAAAUCACUUUCUUUUUUAAACUAAAAAUGCAGACCAGCUACAUAAAAGGUGAAUGUACAGAUAUGUGUCCACCUGCUGAAAGGGAACUAAGAAAAAAUGAAAGGCUAAUUCACAUUCUCGAACUCUCACCAGACUCCAAACCAGAAAGAGAAAGAAUGGUGAAAUGUUUUGUAAGGUCGGCAGCUGGAAAAGACAUGCAUGACCCAAAAAAUUUAAGAACCCCCGAGACCCUACUGAAGACUGUGAACUAUUUGGUGAUUGAAAUUCUACCAAAUAAAGUGCAUCCAGCUCAUCUCACAUUUGACUUUAUAACAGAUAGACUGAGGUCUGUAAGACAGGAUAUGGUUAUUCAAAACCUUCCUAUGGCUUGUAGUAUCUGUUUACUGCAACCAAUUGUAAGGCUUUAUGCCUAUGCUACUUACAGACUAUGUGAAGAACCAAUAGCAAAUUUUGAUCCUUACAUAAACAAAACACACUUACAAGAAUGCCUCAAAAGACUUCUUUGCCUGUAUGAUGAAUGUGACAGGAUGUUUGGCUGUGAAAAUGAUGAUCUGAAAAAUGCAUCCUUCAUGAAGGUUUUAGAACAAAACAGACCUUUAUUUGAGGCAAUGUAUCUAGUGUUGAAUUUGGGCAAUACAAUUGCUCUAACCAGGGCACUAAGCUUGCCCAAGAUGUGGAAAACGGAUGUUGUAAUCAUGGCAAUCUCAUUAUCUAGAGACUAUAAUAAAAAUAAUUUUGUCAGAGUUUGCCAAGGUUUCUAUAAGAUUCCAACUUUGCUUAAAGGACUUGCUGCGAUUCAUCUCCCAGAAAUACGAAGGAAAGCAUUUAAAGUCAUGUCUGUAGCAUAUAAUAGCAAACAUCUCACUUUUCCCAUGAUUAAGUUAAAAGAAAUGCUUCUCUAUGAUAAGAAAGAGGUGCUAAAACAGGAUCUGAAAAGUUAUGGCUUUAAGUUUGACCAAUGCAGAGUCCACUUUUUACGUACUGAUUAUGUAGAACCAAGUAACCCUCUGCCUCCCAAGCAUAUUAAUUUUAUUGAUGAAGAAUUCAAAGAUGUGGAAAUACCAGACUUAAUUUUAAAUAUCCAAUAAUUAGUUUUAUUAGCCGAAAUAUGGAAUAAAUAUAAUUAAUUCAAUAUCUGAUAUUUAUUGAUAUUUUGAAAAAAAUCAUGUGAUUUUUAAAUGAGACUGUUCCAUAUUUCAGCCACUUACUGAAUGUUUUUUAUGUGUUGUGUUCCUUUUUUUUAUGUUUUUUAUUUGUGGCCAAAUCUUAUGAAACAAUGUACCUGAAAACUUAGAGACUUAUAUAUUUGGUUUCUUUGGCCAGCAUUUUCUUUUAGGAUAUAUUUUAUAUUUUUAUACUAAUAAAAAAACUAUAAUUAUUUUAACAA